CGGUAUAAAAGUGCGUGCGUUUUGAUGUAAUGCAGCAUAAUUGCAGUAACUGUGCCAUUUGGUAGUGCAGCCGACAAUACACAUAACCAUGUCUCGACUUACGAUCCUUUUUGUCGUCGCCGUCAUCUGUGAAGUGUUUGGAGAAGGUGUCGAGAAAGAUUCUAAGCCCGCGCAGUCUGGGAUUCUGUCGGUUGCAUCGCCAGGCCUCAUCGGCCAGGGGUAUGGCCUCGGCGCAGGUCUAAUAGGCCCGGCUGGCCUCGUGGCCCCAGCCGGGCUCGCGGGCGCUGCCCUCGUUGGCCCCGCCAUCGGCAGCGCUGCCGGCCUCAACAACGCCGGGGCCGUUGGAGCCUCCCAACUCAGCGCGAUCCAAAACGCCCAAGCCGUCCAGGCCGCCCAAAUAGCCAACUCCGCCGCCGCCGCCAUCCAAGGAGCCCGUGUGACCGAAGCGGCAGCGAGAGCCGGCCAGGUCAACGCCAUCAACAACGCUCAAGCACUCGACGCCGCGCGCAUCGCUAACGUCCAAAGGGCCCAGGCUGCGGCUAUCGAAAACGCGAGAGCAGCUGAAGCGGCAAGACGCGCCGCCGCCGCCAGCUCUCUGGAACUCGCCCGUGCCGUAGAAGCUGAACGCCUGGCCAACGCUGCUCGCGUGCAAGCCAUCGCUAUCGCCAACACCCGGGCAGUGGAAGCGGCUCGUAUUGCAAACGCGGCUAGAGCUCAGGCAGCGGCCGUGGCCGCCAGCGCGGCGCAGGCGCAAGCAGUCGCCGACACAGUGGCCAGACAGGCUAGCGAUGGUGCUCUACUGUUGGGCGGUGGUUACGGCGGCGUGGUAGCGGCGGCUCCAGCAGAGGCAGCAGUGCCGGUCGCCGCAGCGGCUGUGCCCGUCGGCGGUCUCGGCUAUGGACUCGGCGGCUACGGUCUCGGCGGAGGAUGGGGACUCGGCAAACACUAAACAGUCACCACAGCACAGUGUUGGUUCUCUAUAACCAUUAACAACCAGAUUUUCUACAUCCAUUUCGAUAUCUUCCAUAGAAAUGGUAAGCGGCAGGCCUCAGUAGAUAUGGACUGGUCAUGUAAAUAGAUUUUACUUCGAAUUUUAUAAGCUGGACAUUGUAAUAAUAAAUUGUUAGCACUAACAAUUAUUUCUGUUUUAUUGACUUUAUUCUCUAGGUUUUAGUACAUUUAUUUCUCGACAGUUCGAAAAUCUUGGCUAACAUUUCUCUUCAAAAAUGUGUUGUCGGUGUUGUGAGCCAAUGUUGUAAGACUGCAAAUAAUACUGCACGUAGCACUGUGUAAUCUUUAUUUAGCCGCCACGGCUGCAGUCCCUGCAAUUACGUGAAAAUUGAAAAUUCACAUUAGACAAUUUAUUUGUUUACUAGUGAUUCAUAAUAUAUAUAUAUAUAAUUAUAAUAUAUUAUAUAAAUACCUAUACGCGGGAAAGUUCACCGCUCACUUGACAUACAGGAUUUCCCAAUAUCCUAUCUUUAAGAUUCGCUUAUCGCUGAUGUACUUUCCAAACGAUUUCCCUUCAUGAUAUGUUAUCAAAUAUGAAUCCAAUAUGUUUGUUGGUUUGUUCAGUAUUUUAUUUUUUUCUCCGAUUUAUACCCAGAUAACUUGUGCGCAAGCUUGUUAGCUUUAUACAGGGUUACUAGUAUCUUAGGUUAUCUUUCGGUUAGUUACUGGUACACAUAAGGUACAUAGAGACUGACAUCUUUUGUUCUACGACUUUUAUCUAAAUGUAAUAAAUACAACAAAAUUCCUUUUUUUAGUUUUAAUAACGAUUCUAUAAAAAGUUACGUCUAUGUUCGAUUCCACUAUAUACAUAACGCUACUGUACUGUCUCGUGUUGCUUGGCUAUUACAUACGAGUAGAGUUAAGAUGUGAAGAAUCGCAAAUUAGGUUGUAUUUUUUUUUUUAUAUGGAAAGAAAAAACUACGAAUCAAGAAUAAAAGUUGCUUAUUUUGAUGAACCCAAGUAGUCUUUAGGAGGUUUUGCGUUUGAUACCAGUGACCCUGUAUAUAGAUAUACUAGCUUGACAUGAUUUUCAUACGAAUUUUCACCACUCAUUAAGUAUAGUAUAGUAAAUUUAGCGGUUGAUUAUUGAAAAAUAAAAUAGCCACACAUGUGAAUGAGGGGACUUUAACUCUUGCAAAUUUAAUCAAACUCGGUCUAGUAGUUUAGUCGUGAAAGAGGAACAGACAGACAAACAAAUAGACAGACUUUCGCAUUAUAUCGGUAACGGUAACUAGCGCAAAUGCCUAAGUAGUGAAAAAAUUAUGGAAAAUUAAGAAAAUUCAUUAGGUAGAUAUGAAAAAACAAAAUCUUGCCUCAUUUAUACGUCCCUAAUGAAACUCAAUCUGGUAAGGUCAUGGUUAGGUACUUAUAUAUGGAGGCGAUGUGUGAUCUUAAUUUUUUUUGAAUAAUAAUUGUGUUUUACUUCUCGAAUGUCCAACGGCAACCUAUUAUAAACUUGUGCUUCUUCAUAUAACAAUGUUUUUACCGUCGUUUGUCCUAGGAGAAAUAAUGCGUAAAUUAUGCGCUCGGCGCGUAAUUCGUUUAUUGGUACACAAAACGCCAAUUUGGUUACAAAACAUCCAAUACCGGGUGAAAAUCUUAUAUUUUACGCACUACACGUUCGUCUUAGUUACGCGGGUAUAUGGAUAGAUAUCGAUAAGAUAUGUAUGUAGCUGUAGAGAAAAUAAAUACACGGUGAUAGUUCUGUAGGAGCAUUGUUUUAGAUUGUUCUGUGACUGUGACAGUUCAGCAAAAUGGCACUCAAAACGAUCUGCCUGCUUCUGGUAGCUUUCGAAUGCCAUGCAUACCCGUUCACAGGAUUCCCUAACAAUUUUGGAUCCAAUCAAAACAAUGGUCAUAAUCUCAACACCAUCGAACACGUUCAUGGUUCCUAUGGUAACCAACAUCAUUUUGAAGGUUUCGGACUACCCAAUAGCUUUGCUUAUGGACAUUUUCCUGGAAGUUUCCAAGUGAACCAGCCUGGCUUCAGCCAAAACCAGGACUUCAACAGCCAAAAUCAUGCCGGAUUUGGACAAAAUCACGGAUAUUUAUAUCCGAACAAAGAUAUCUUUGGCCCGAAUCAAAACGAAUUUAGCCAUAGUGGAAACAGUCCAAUUUCCCCCUUAAAAUCUCGAAGCAAUGUGGGACAACUUGUUGAAAUUCUUCCAUCCAAACCUUUUGAGCCAGUUCCCUUCGAUGAAAGCAAAGCAUUCCCUCGAAAUAUAUAUAACCAUGGACUUCCAGUGGGACAAGGCGGAUUUUCCAACUAUGAAAACUCAAGACCAGUACCUAGUAAUUUCGCACCAGCAGCCUUUAUUCAAAACCAUGGUAGUUUCGGACCAUACAACAGCUUCGGUCAGAACCCAGGCUACUUUGGGCAGAACCAUGAUGGUUUUGCGUACGCUCAUGGGUUUGAUAACUUUGGCCACGGCCUCAACCAAUUUAGCCAAGGAGGACAGAAACCCAAUUUUCAACAAAUUCCUCGUAAAAUUGAAGAAGAGCCAGUUGGAGAUGCUUUAAUCAAUUCAGAUUCAGUUCCCAGCGAGGAAUUCAAUGUGAUCGCGCAAAGUGAUGAUCACCAUCACCACGGCCAUGGUCAUCAUGGUUUUGGACCUGACUUUAACAACCAGCAAGCCUUUGGGCAAGACAAGUUUGGCCAAAAUAUUCAAGGAUUUUGGCCUGGACAAUAUGGACCAUGGUACGGCCCAAAUGGAUUUGCAUACUGGCAUGGACCUUGGCUUGGUCAGAACGGGUAUGGCCCUUGGCAAGUACCAAAUGGUUUGGAUCAAGAUAAUUUGCCAUGGCCAUGUUGGUUUGGUCAUGAUCACGGACAUAAUGAAGAACCGAGUGCUGAACCCGACCAAGACGUAAAUGAUGACUCCAAGCCCGAUGACGACCAACCAAGUGUAGAGGAUGAUGCUGUACCGUCUGCUGAAGAGGAAACCACAGAAGAAAUCAAUGUUGAAGAGACAGAGUGACAUGAACGCGAAUGAUUUUAAAAUUUAAUACUGGUGCUAAUAUAUAGUUUGUGCUAAAUAUAUUGAUAUGAAAUAAAUAAAUCUGGAUAUA